AUGUGUGAGUGGGUGCACUCUUGCUUAUUCCGAUGAAACCCAAAGUAUCAACAAAUGAGCUGACGAAUGAUUCAAGAGCCACUCAAUUGCCUCAAUCCACUCUUCCACGCACAAUUUCGCGUGCGUUUACCUGCGGAAUAGAGUUAGCAUUGACAUUAGCCAAGUUAGCCUGCUCUAAUCCUUCGGCCGGAAAAACGCCGGCUGCCAAUUUCAGGCUAAUGACACCAGGAAAAACACUCUCGCUCGCGGAAAGCGAAUCUCUACCUGCCAAGGCGGAACCCUCGGCGACAGACAUAAAAGACGGGCCCCUAUCGCAGCACCGAACUAGUCUUCAGUCACGACACCUUUACCACGGACCGUAAACCAUGUCACAGCCGUGCUGGAAUUAUCUAAUCUUCCUCGGGACGUGCUUCCUCUGCCUCGUAGGCCUUUCGCAGGCAGCCAGCUACCAGCUGCAGACAUACGACGUGGAGGGCAACGCGGGCAUCGAAAGUAUGACGAACGACACGGAAGGAUAUCCCCAAGGAGCGGUAACCUAUCUGGAGAAGCCAUUUUCCUGGUUACGGAACGCCCAGAGUAUGUUCGGGAGCCCUGCCGGGCACGUCGUUAUACAGGUCGCCAAGGAGCUGAUCCACCGGUCGGCUGGAAAUAGCCAGGUUCUAAGUCUCAACCUCACCAAUCUACUCAUCAUAGUUCUGCUCAAGGUCCUGAUCUUCUCUGCCGGAAUGCUGGGCGCUGGACACUGGAGUGGCUAUGGAUAUGGCUACGGCCGCGGCUCCACUGGACGCAGUGACAGCGACUUUGGUCUUGGGCUGCACUCUGGAGAUGAUUACAUGAUAACAGGGUUCCUGGCCGCCCAGGGAGCGGGUCGGGACGAGUGUCUCUAUGCGGCGAGCUGCGCGUGCCCCACGGCGGCCUACGAAUAUGCCAAGGCAGGACGUGCUCUUCUAGGAGCCAUUGAGGUGUUCGAAGGGGCUCCUCUGGAAAAACCACGGUACAAUGACCUGAUUGUUCUAAUGGAGAAAGCCGCCUACGAUGGCUUCCGGGGAGUGGCCUGCAACACCACGGAGACUUGCGACGGGCUGCUUUGAAAUUCCUA